CUUCGUCGUGGUGCUGCACCCGAUAACGGAAAUGCCCGUUUUCCUCUUGGGCUCCGGUCAAGAAAAUGAUGGAGCCUUUAAGCACAUCGAGAUUGCUCGUCGGUUCUGGUAUCUCGAAGGUGGACCGCAAGAGCCGUCGGAGACAAUGUAUACUUUAAGUCUUCCUCGAUAUUAUAUAUAGAUAAAAGUUCAUCUUGAUGAGAUUGAGAAGCAUCCUGGUGAUGUGGCGAUCUAUCAUGUUUUCGAAAAGGGAAAACAGUCGUCCAUCAGAUGCAGCAUCAUUUCAAGAUGGAUCAUAUUUAGUGUCGUUGUAACCUCUAAGUACAGCGGUGGCAGCGGGAGAAAUUUAUUUGGCAUGUUCGAGCGAUGAAGCUUCGGGUGGUGCUUUAGGACUGGUGGACUUGCAAGACAUGAGCGCCGCGAAUAGGGGAGCACGGCCGCUUUCUGGGACCGACCCGGCGAAAGAAGACAGCAAAAGAUGCUCCAUCGAGGGCAUUGAUUACCAAACAGGACACUACAGAGCGAGCAAAGCGUCUCUCCUGGAUACUGCCAUCCCGAUGCUAAUCAUUCACCUCAACGUGGCAAAGUACCAGGCUUUGCUAGCUUGCGGACAGCGGGAGGAAGCAGACAAAAUGUCCAACCAGCUGCUGAUCGACGUGGAUCGUCCGGAUGCAGACGCAGAGACGGGAGAACAGCUGAGAGCUAACGUCAAGAAUUACUUUACCGACGAUGGAGUGCUUCGCAUUCCUCCAGAGAACAAAAGAAACUUCGUGCAUGGCGAGGGCGUAUCGGUC